GCACGACUUACAGUAUACAGUAUGUGCUUGUAGUCUGUGGAAAGCACGCGUGACACAGAACACCCGUCAGGAUUGCAGUUGACAUGUGUUCACUUCAUGCCAUGAUCCUCGAUGGUUGACAUGGCCAAACCAUCCAUUUGGAGCAUCGAGGACCCAUGCAGUGUGCGCCGGAGUCAAAGUCACCUUAUUCUUUUCUGGGAGGUGGCAGCACCAAGGAUCCGGGCGCGUGAGUUCCUCACGGUGGAUUUGUCCAAGAGAUCCUUGGCCACGUCCUUUCAGGCGGAGCAGGAAGUGGUGGAACAUGACUGUGGGUAUUGCUUGGCACCUGGAGAGAAGAGAUGUUGCGAGUUCCAAGAAGAAGGCACAAGUUAGAAGACGCGCGGACAUUAUAUUGCAGACAAGCAAUGGCUUGAAUGUGUAUCGAAAAAUUCCUGGAAAACUUCGCCCGAGGUAGUUGUCAGACGUGCUGCGCGGAGCACUACACGGAACCCUACUGCAUGUUGAAUUGCCAGAAGAUGUGCCGGCGAGGCAUGUUUAAGGCCUUUUCGGGUGGCAAGAGGAAUGUGCCGGUCUGCCCCAGCAGUGGCCCUGUGAAGGCCCUCGAGGCCUACGACUUGGAGAAGGUGGAUGGGAAGUUUCUGAACCCCUACUUGGACUGGAAAGGUCCCAAAUUUGAGAAGGAGUGGCUCGAAACCCAUCCCCUGGAGCUGCCUGCUCCAACGACGUCGGAGCAAUGACCUCCGGCUGCGGCGAGUGCGGCGAUC